UGGCCGCCGCCGCGGCCGCCGCCCGGAGGCUCCUCUCCCGCCGCGCCUCCUCGAACUCGCUCUCCGCGUUCCUCCGCCGCGGCGCUGCCCCGGAGCAGUCGCUGCUGCGCCCGGCCGUCGUCGCGGCGGCCUCCCGCCUCGGCUUCCCGCGCGGGAUGGCGCGGCGACCUGGCGGGGACGGCUACGGCGCGGGCCGGGACCGCGCGCCCACGGAGAUGGCGCCGCUGUUCCCCGGCUGCGACUACGAGCACUGGCUCAUCGUGAUGGACAAGCCCGGCGGGGAGGGCGCCACCAAGCAGCAGAUGAUCGACUGCUACAUCCAGACCCUCGCCAAGGUCCUCGGAAGUGAGGAGGAGGCGAAGAAGAAGAUCUACAACGUCUCGUGCGAGCGCUAUUUCGGGUUCGGGUGCGAGAUCGAUGAGGAGACAUCUAACAAGCUCGAGGGGCUCCCUGGUGUUCUCUUUGUGCUACCGGAUUCGUAUGUUGACCCUGAGUACAAGGACUACGGAGCUGAACUGCUUGUCAACGGUGAGAUUGUUCAGAGGCCUCCUGAGAGGCAGAGAAGGGUCGAGCCCGUGCCACAGAGGGCUGCAGACAGGCCUAGGUACAAUGACAGGACCCGCUACGCACGCAGGAGGGAGAACCAGCGAUGAGAUGAAAAAAGUCCACAAUAACAAGUUCAGGUGGUUUGAGCUCUGUAAUUCAAGGAUAGUGUGCUUUGGAUGUAUUGUACUCUGUAACUACAGUUACUCAGAUUGCUCAAAGGACCUGGUUUGGAAUGCAUGCACUGUUACUAGCGCCCGUUUGCACAUGUAAAAUUUCUUUAUGGAAGCUGCUUAAUUGACUAUGAAGGCCUAA